CAUAUUUAAACGUACUCGAAUUGGGAAUGCAUAAAUAUUCCUUAUUGUUCGUCAUAUUGUUAAUGCUGUAUAAAACUUCAUUGGGAAUAGAGCUGCCCGAUGAUAUCAAAAAAUGCCACUUUGGGGACUCCCAAUGCCUUAUUAAUACUAUAAACGACUUGAUUAGGCGUUAUCCAAAUGGUAUACCGGGGAUUGGCUUGGCUCCGUUGAAUGUAACCCAGCUGGACGAUAUCUCGAUUGUGAACAGGCCCAAUGGUGCUUCAGUUUGGCUAUCAUUUUACUUACAAAAUUUAACCAACAAGGGAUUCAACAACGCAACCAUAACCCAAGUCAUUGGCUUUAAUAAGGAUCCGAGUAGUAGCAGCAUGAUAAUUAAAGCUCAUAUACCAAGGCUCAUUCAUAAAGGUACUUAUAAUAUGCUGUCUCGUAUUUUGUUAUUUAGAGCAAAUGCAACGGGAAGUUUUUGUUCAGAAUUUCUUAACUUUCGUUUGGAAAUGCUGAUAAAGACUAUACAGGAAUAUCGCAAUAACAAGCGAUACUUGCGCAUCUAUGAACUGAAGCCCAAAGUCGAUCUGCAGCGAUGGAUAAUUUCGCUUGAUUCAUUAUAUACUGAAAAUACGGAUAUGACAAUUGUGAUGAACAAUGUUAUCAAUGAAAAUUGGCUAGAGUUUUGGCAAGAGCUUGAGCCAAGUAUGCUGAAAACCUUUGAACUAUGCCUUACGUUAAUACUGAAAAGGGUCUUUGAUAAUGUCGCCUACGACGAUCUGUUUCUACCAGACGAAUAUUAAUUGCAUAUAUAUAUAUAUAUAUAUAUACUGUUCUUAAUGUGA